AACCAAAUUAAUUCCCUCACCCAUCCGCACAAACAUUAUUUACCCAACCAUUUAUCUCAACUCACUGUGUGUAUGCUUUUCCUCUGAAAAUUAUCACUCGCUAAAUUAAUCCCCAAACAAGCAUUUCCACAUGCGUACGAAAAUCUAUUUCCACACAAUCAAAUCUCCCACUUGCCUAGCAACAUUCAAGUCACCUUUUUGUUUACAUAUUCAAAUGGCGUAGUGUGCGACCGCAGUCUGUUGCACACUCCGCGCAUUUGCAAUGCCGCCCUUCAUUCGCAUCUCACUCGUGGCCUUCACAUUGUGUUUCCUACCCUUUGGAGACCUUCGCCGUACACAAGGCGUAAAACAUGCGCGUCCGAAGCUGCAAAUCUCGCGCGUCGUCAACGGCGCCAACAUCCCACAUCCGGAAUUAUUUCUAUACGCACAAGCCGGUGAGAACCUCACCCUGAGUUGUGACCUAUCCAGCGCUGAUACAACCAUCACGGAUGCCAAUCUGACAUGGAGUAAUAACACUCGUAAACAUCCACCGGUGAUAAAACAAGAAAUCAACCGGGCGGUGAUUAGUUUCGGGUCGGUGAGGCACGACGACGAUUGGGAUAUUUAUUCGUGCGUUAGCCAGAAAUACAACUUAAGCGAUCUUGUCCUGCUCCAAAUCCGCAAGGAAUCAUACACCAGCGUGUCAAAACGCAAAUUUACGUGUAUGUUUGGCGAACGUAUAAGUUCGGAAUACGUCUGUGAUGGGAUCAAGGACUGUAUCGAUGGAUCCGAUGAGAGUUUCACAACCUGCGAACGCCUGGAUGUAUGCACAUUCAAACGCAAAUGUAACAAUGGUCGAUGCAUACCAAACGAAUGGUGUUGCAAUCAUUUCCUCGAGGAUACUUCCUGUAAAGCCCGUGAGCAGCCCUCAUGUUGCACGGAAAUAUAUGAUUCCUGGUUGAAAAAUUUCAAAAUACCCGAGUAUGAAGUACCCAAGAGACCGCGGCCAAGUUAUGAAAUCACCACUUACACCACACGACGGGAAGUCAGCUGGACGAAAAUCAGCCUGUCGUUUUUCAUUGUGAUGAUGGCGAUUUUAAAGUGCGUUUUCAUUGCACAUCGCAGUGGUCGCGCUGAGUCUAGACCUGCGCUUUUGGAGGAAGUACCCGAAUGUACACCGGUUGUGAUUAUCACAGCUGUGGCACGUCCCGUAGUAGAGACCGUGGUGAAUGAACGUCAACAAGAUAGUAUGCGUGAGCAUUUACUUGAUGAAGACAAGGCGGAUGCGCCGCCGGAUUACAAGGAUGUGGUGCAUGAGGAACCACCGCCGAGUUAUGCCAAUCUACAGGAUGUACCGAAACGAAACUAAGAGAUAUUUAUAUUUAUAUUCGAUGUGUUUAUAUUUAUCUAGCUUAUGUGUGUAUGUGUAUGUGUAUGAAUUAAUAAACUUAUGCAGCAA